AUGCUGCAAAGGCGACGGUUACAAGAGGAAGGGCAGCAGGAGGAGAAAGAGAGAGGUGUGGGGGGAGGUUCGGAUGCGCCACCACACCGUGGCGCUGGUGGGCGACUCGCUGAGCCGCCAGCAGUUCCUCUCGCUGCUCUGCCUGCUCUGCUCGCCCCCCGCCCCCGAGUGCUGCCGCCCAACCACACCCACCCAGUCAACGCAGCCAGCGAGGGCAGGGAGGGCGGGCAGGGCGUGGCGGUGGUGGACGUGGGGUGGCGCUUCAACCUCACGUGGGGCGCGCCUGUGCGCGGCACUGCCAGGGGCGCGGCUGUGUGGCUGCCCGGCAGCAACACCACGCUGCUGCAGCGCACGUCCAACCUGCUGUGCCGCGAGGAGGUGCUGCCCGCUGUCGUGCCUGUGGAGGAAGAGGGAGAGGAGGAGGAGGAGGAGGGGGAGGAUGAGAAGAAGGAAGGGGGGAGUGAGGGGAGAGGGGCCAACCAGCGGGCCGUGCAGACCUCCCCCACAGCCCAGCCGUUCGUGCCGUCUGAGAGUCAACUGGAGUCAAUGCCAUUCCUGGCCGACCUGCGCGGGCAGGCACUGCUGGCAGUCAUGCGCUCCCUCGCGCUCUCAGUUGCACACUCACCCCGUGCCGCUGCGGCGCUCAUCUUCCUGCGCUCUGCCUUGCCCAGCCAUUUCACUGGCGGCACCUUUCAAUCCGGUGGCCGCUGCCACAUGCAUGCGGAGCCCCUCUCACCUGCAACAGCGUGCCCACAUGCUGCCGACUGCCGUGAUGCCGCAGCAGAGGAAGCUGUAGCAGCUGCCAGCGCUGCUGUUGCUGCCGCUACAGCUGCUGCCACCGCUGGUACAGAAGCCGGUGCGGCCACCAUGCCUGCCGCACCACCCUCUGCCUCGGCCGUGCCUACUUCCAUGUCGGGGCAGCCCAGCAUCCCGUGGCUGCGCCUGCUGGACGCCUUCCCGCUCUCCCUCAUGCGCCCCGACACCCACGUCGUGGCCUUCCACCCACUCCCAAAUGCCCUCCCUCUGCCCCACCCGUUCACGUCAGAGAAACCGCUGCUGCCACACGAGGCAGUGAACGGGUCGGUGGUGGGGCGGGGCGGUGGUGGUGCAGGGGGGGUGCGAGUGGGGGGGAUGACGCGUGACUGCGUGCACUGGUGCCUGCCUGGCGUGCCUGACAUCUGA